CAUUGUGCCUGUUCACAAUAGUGAAUGCUGGUUAGAUGAAUGCUUGAAGUCCGUUUGGGAACAAGAUUUUAAAGAAACCAUGGAGCUGUCAAUCUUUAAUGAUGCCAGUAAGGACGGUUCAGCUGAAAUAAUUGAAAAAUGGAAGAUCAAGUUGGAAGAUGCUGGUGUUCCAGUAAUUGUUGGUAGUAAUGAUUCAUCUCAGCCUCGAGGCGUUGGAUUUGCUAAAAAUCAAGCAGUAAUUCAGAGCUCAGGAACCUAUCUCUGCUUUCUGGAUUCAGAUGAUGUGAUGAUGCCACAGCGGGUUAGACUGCAGCACGAAGCUGCCAUUCAACACCCAAACAGUAUUAUUGGUUGCCAAGUCAGAAGAGAGCCACUGGAGUCUACUGAAAGGUAUACUCGUUGGAUCAAUAAUCUGACUGAAGAACAGCUUCUUACACAGGUGUUUACCUCCCAUGGACCUACUGUGAUCAUGCCAACCUGGUUCUGUUCUCGAGAAUGGUUUUUUCAUGUCGGAAAAUUCGAUGAGGGUGGAAAGGGUGUUCCAGAAGAUUUGUUGUUUUUUUAUAAACAUAUCCAAAAGGGUGGUGAAGUCUUUCGAGUAAACCAUUGCCUCCUGCUGUACCGUUACCAUCCACAGGCUGCAACUCAUUCCGUCCUAGAGGGAACCAUCUGGAAUCACCGAGUCAGGUUUCUCGAAGACAGAGUCCUGAGCUCCUGGACAUCAUUCACCAUUUGGAAUGCAGGCAAGCAAGGCAAGAAGCUCUACAGAAGCUUGUCACCAGCUAAUCGGAAAAAGGUAGCUGCGUUUUGUGAUGUUGAUGAAAAGAAAAUAACAAAAGGAUUCUACACUUAUAAAGAAUCUGAGGAGACACCAAAACGAAAAAUUCCUAUACGUCACUUCAGAGAUGCAACUCCACCUUUCAUUAUCUGUGUGAAGCUGGAUUUGACAGGUGGAGCAUUUGAAACAAACCUGAACACGCUGAACUUGAAGGAAGGGAUGGAUUACUACCACUUUAACUAAAAACCAAGCGCACUUUGAAGCUCAUGCUGAGAAUCCAGUUUGUCAGGAUGCUGCAGCACAAACUCUUCAGUCCUAAUGGCACGUGAACCGAGCUUCAGUUUACAAACCAGCAGCCAGUGCCUGCAACUUCAUUACGCUGAACUCUACAAGACAGAAGAAAAGAAGAAAGAGGUCACAGGGAGUAGCAUUUAUCACUAUCUUAACAGUAUCCCAAUCAUGUAAUUCAGUAAACUAAAUGGAGAAGAAAAUAUAGACAUACAAAGCUAUAAUAUUUAUAGUCCUUCUUAACACCUUUACCGUUUAGCAAAUUUUAUUUUUACAAGUUUUAAAGGAAUGACAAGUGUUGGCUUCAUACAAAAUUGACUUCAUUCCCCUUUUCAAAAUGUUAUGCUUGUCUUCCUUUAUUGUUUCUCUCCUGUUCUCAGGAUCUGUGAGCUCUUGAAGAAGAGCAGAGUGUGAGCACAAACUGGCUGCUAGUAGAGACAUCUGGACAGCUGUGAGAAGUCCUUUAAGUUGACUAAGUAUCACUCUCAGAGUGAACUCCAACAGUUCUCAGGGCAGGUGCAGGCUUAGCUCUUUUGCUAAAAGUUAUACUAACUAUUUGCUUAUGUUAAGAGGAAGAAAAUGUGAGGUUCCAAAUUCGGCCACAUAACUUCCAAAUUGCACAUGAUACUAUUUGUAACAGUUCCAUCUGAAAGAAUACCUGUAUGUAUAUUUGGCUAUUUCUUAUUCUUUUGUUUAUAUUGGGACAGUUUUCUCCUAACUUGUCAGGCUUCUCUCAGCCUCCAAUAAUUAAGGAGUUGAAAUAAGAUUUUUUUUUUUGAGAUCAGUGAAUUCAUCUUGUAACAUCUUCAUUCUGAACAUAACAUUUCUAUUGGUUGACUAAAAAACCUUGAAACAGCAAUGCUCGGGUCAGCUUUUGCUCUAAAAACAAUGCCUUGUAUGGGCGAGAGGUUCAGAUUCUUGUUUUCCAAAAUUACAAAAAUGUUAGUUGCAGAUGUCUUAAAAUUUUACUAAAAGCAGAA